AUGAUAUUGAUGAUACUUAGCAUUGAUAUUGAUACAGUUGAUUCCCAGAUGGAAAGAGAUAUACUUGACAAGUUACGACCUCACACUAAUUUGAAAGAGUUAUAUAUCUAUGGUUACAGGGGUACAACCUUUCCAGAUUGGUUGGGACAUUCUUCCUACCGCAACAUCACCAAAAUAAUGCUGGAUGGUUGCAGGAAUUGUUGUAUGCUUCCUUCACUUGGACAAUUGCCCUCUUUGAAGCACCUUGAAAUUUCAAAAUUUGAAAGUGUGGGGAUUGUGGGUGCUGAGUUUUACUUUUUCCAGAACGAUGAAUCUUGUGUGAAGACACCACCAUUUCAAAAGCUUGAAACUCUUUUGUUUAAGUCAAUGCCUUGCUGGAAGGAGUGGCGUUCAAUGGUGUUGAAUGCAUUUCCUCGACUUAGGGAGCUUACGAUAAGGAAGUGUCCGUCGUUGAGAGGAGAUUUGCCCAUUCAUCUAUCAUCUUUGCAAUCACUUCAGAUUGACAAGUGCGAUGAGCUGAGUUGUUGUGUUCCAAGGGCUCCUGCGAUUACCAGUCUUUCAAUUUCAGGAAAGAAUCUAGUGGGGUCCGUGGUGGAGGCCAUUACCAACACGCAACUGACUUGCCUCACUUCUUUAUGGAUCUCAAAUUGUUCCUCCCACAUAUGGUUUCCAGUGAGUGCUAUUCCCCCAUCACUACAACGCUUGACGAUUCAGGAAUGCAGAGAAUUAGAAUUCGAAAUGGAUGGGCAACAUCACUCGCUGCAGGAACUAUCAAUACAUAACAGCUGUGAUUCAAUUACAUCCUUCUCGUUGUUGGAUGCCUUUCCAAAUCUCGUGAGUGUUUUUAUCGGAAAGUCUGAAAAGAUGGAGUGUAUUGUGGUGUCACGCUCUCUUUCAUCUCUCCGUUAUUUAAAUAUCUGCGAGUGUAGGAGUUUGAAGUCCGUGUCGACGCUAUGGAUGGCAGCACCUCAGCUAGAGCAUCUCACAUUACUGGAAUGCCCAGAGAUCGAGUUGUCAGCAACAGGCGAUCCACACCAUAGCCUGAGAUCUCUUGAGAUCAGCUAUAGCGAGAAGCUAGUGAGCAGUGCAGCAUUCAUGAAUUCGCAAUUUCAUGGGCUUACUCAUCUUACCAUUCUUGGUGGAUACGACGAGAGUAUGAAUUGCCUCCCAAAAGAAGGUUGGUUGCCUGCCUCCCUUGAGUCUCUCAGACUGUAUGGCAUGAAAAGUGUGGAGACGUUGGAAUGCAAGGGACUUGCCCACCUCACCUCCCUCCAACAAUUAUCUAUUGAGUACUGUCCGAAGCUGGAGAAUAUCGAGGGAGAAAAGCUGCCUGCCUCUCUAAUAAAACUCACCAUCAUUCAAAGCCCUUUGCUGGGCUAUCGAUGUCAGAUGAAGGAUCCACAGCUUUGGCCCAAAAUCUCCCACAUCCCCGCCAUUCAAGUUGAUAGCAGAUGGAUUUGGUAAUCCAACAACUUCAACAGCAUAUCCAUCGAGCCAACAAGUAAGCACCCACAUUGCCUCACUUCUUUCUCCUAUAUUUUUUCCAAUUUUUUUCUGCUGAAUGCUGAUAUUACGAUACUGCAGCUUUUUCUCUUGUUCUAUUGAUAAGAUGAUAAAAUUUACCAUGGCGAAGUAUACGGUAUAAUGGGAAGUUCAAGGUCAUUGAGAAUGCCAAAUGGAAACUCUCCUGGAGACUGGAGAAUGGGAGUCUUACUGCAACUGCUUCCAAGGAAGUGGUUAGCAUGCCUUAAAGAAACCUGAUUUCAUGGUCACCGAGAUUUCAAUUUUAUCUGAGUUUGAAUUACAAAUGUUCUUCACUCACUGAUUCUGGUGUAUAAUUUGUGCUCUAUGCUUUCCUUUGACUAAUACACGUGUCAGUAAGUAAUGUGUGAUUAAGUGUAAGAUGGAAAGGGCUAACUUAGUUGUACUUGAUGAACAGAAUAUUCAGUUAUAGAUGUUUUUGUUCACAGUCCUAUUCCUUGAUGGCAAUGCCGAAAGGGAAUAGAGGCUGGGCCUUGACCAAGGCCUUGAUGGCUAUGCCGGAGAGUCCUUGGUUGAGGGGUUACUUUGCUGGAAAAAACAUAAGAUGGAAAAAUGUUGUAUAUUUUCAACUUAAGUUGUUCUUGUAUAUGGUUAACAAGAAUGCGCAAUCACUUCUUAUGGUGGUUUAAUUGCAGCA